CCUUUUAACAAAUAGUUGCCCAGAUUUAGGCGUCAUUAUUUCUAUUUAUCUUUUAAUUUUUAAACCAAAUUGACCAAAUUCAUUCAAAAUUCCAAUCAAUUCUGCAAACGUGAACGCCAAUAAAAAGGAUCGGAAAAAUGCCUGUGGCGGUGAGACUUGUGGAGGCCUUGACCCUGAUCACCAUCAUGGGUAUGAUCCUUUGCAUUGGUCUCAGUGUGGUUAUGGCCCAGCAUACUAUCUCUAUGAUCGUUACGUUUCUGCAGCCCGCUGCAAAUAUAGCCAAUGUGGCGCUAAUUGUGACUGAGAAAAUCCUAGUGUCCAUACUCCUCGGUUUGCUGGCACUGACCAAUGUUGUGUUAAAGGCUUUGUCAGCGACUGGCAUUGCUUAAAAGGAUCAUUAUGUUGUCGAAAUCGAAAAUAUCAGUAUUAUAUAUGUGGUUCGUUUAUGAUGCCAUUAUUGUCUGACCCGCAAAGGAAAGGAAACGCGGCUCACACGAACCUCAAAUGUGGCGGCAUCGCUCUUUACUAAUAUUCAAUCAAACAAUUUAACGCCCCAAUAAACAUUUCUAACCUGCGGCUGGUCCAAAAAAAUGAAAUAAAACCGAAACUUUGCUCAAUUGCACCAAAUUUGCGCCUGGCCAGAAAGGAGAAGCAAAAAAAAUA